AUGGCGACUCCUUGGCCGAUGAGAAAAGAGAGGUGCACCCAUGGCUCCGCCUGCCUUGCUAGAUGGUCGGCGUCAUCCUUGAUGCUCCUAUGGUUGCCGUGGGCGUUGCUAUGGCUGCCGUGGCCCAGCCGAGCUGAACAAGUGGGCGGCGGGGUGCACAGCGGAAAGGUGCUUCACGGUUCCCUGUCGUCCCCAUCGUCCUCGUCAUCGUCCUCCUCCUCCUCGUCCCCGUCCAGUUCGUCAGCUUGGGGCUUCAACACAAGGCAGAGUGGGGGGCAGCUGGACUGGCUGCUGUCGGAGAAGGGACCUUUCCACCGAUGUCCGGAGUACACGGAGUUCAGAGAGAGGUUCCAGCAGGGAUUUUCUACCAGAUACAAGAUUUACAGGGAGUUCAGCCACUGGAAGGUGAACAGCCUGGCAACAGAGAAGAGAGAUUUCCUCAAAGCUCCAUUGCCCUUAGCGCCAGAGUUCCUACGCAACCUGCGGUUACUGGGGCGACGGCCAACCCUGCAGCAAAUCAACGAAAACCUCAUCAAGAAGUACGGGACCCACUUCCUAGUCUCUGCUACCCUGGGAGGAGAGGAGUCUUUGACCAUUUUUCUGGACAAACAGAAGCUAAAUAAGAAAUCUGAGGGAAACAGCAACAGCUCAGUGGUGUCUCUGGAGCUGCUCCAUCAGUUGGCCGCUUCUUACUUCACAGAUCGAGAGAGCACCCUAAGGCGACUGCACCACCUCCAGAUUGCCACAUCUGCUAUCAAGGUAACCGAAACGAGGACGGGCCCUCUCGGCUGCAGUAACUACGACAGCUUGGAUUCAGUUAGCUCGGUGUUGGUGCACAGCCCGGAAAAUAAGAUCCACCUAAAGGGCUUGCAAGAUGUCCUGCCAGAGUUCCUGCGUGGGCGUUUUGUGGAGGCGGCACUCAGCUAUGUGGCAUGCAACUCGGAGGGCGAGUUGCUCUGCCGCAACAACGACUGCUGGUGCCGGUGCUCUGCCCGCUUCCCGGAGUGUAACUGCCCCUUUGCUGACAUCAAGGUCAUGGAGGAGAACCUGGAGAAGAGCAAAGAGGCCUGGGGCAACUUCAACCAAGAGUUCAUGGAAUCAGAUGAAUUCAAAGCCCUCCUGAAGCGCCUGCCCACUGACCGCUUCUUGAAUGUGUCCAUGAUCGCCAAGUUCUGGUCGGCUGACUUGUCUCUCCAGAAGCGCUACACCCAGCUGGAGUCCAGCACUGCCCUGGUCUUGGGCAAAGCUCAGAAGGUCGUCAGGAAACUGUUCACCCUGAGCAAACGCUGCCCCAAACAUCCUCGCAUCAGCCUGCCCAGAGAGAGGCCCGUUGGGUUUUGGUUGCGGCGGGCUCAGUCUCUGCUCUACUGCAAUGAGCACGGAGUGCUGGGCUCCUUUUCUGAGGAGGUGAGGAGCUGCAGCUGCCCUGUGGAGCAGCCCACCUGCCAGGGAGUCAUCCCCUGUGUUGUGGGCACCUCCCCCACCUCCUGUUCCUCUUGCGCCACUGACAACGCCACCCGAUGUGGAUCCUGUCACCACGGCAACAUCCUCCAUCUGGGUUCCUGCAGGCCGAGCAUCGCUGCAUCCCUGGACCACUACCUGAACUUUGACUUGGACAUGCCUGAUGCUGAGGUGAAGUACCUUCUUCAGCGCCUCGACAGCAGAAUCGAGGUCCAUGCCAUUUACAUCAGCAACGACGUCCGCCUGGGGAGCUGGUUCAAUCCUGCCUGGAGGAAGAGAAUGUUGCUGACACUCAAGAGCAACAAAAACAAGUCCAAUCUCAUCCACAUGCUCAUGGGCAUUUCUUUCCAGAUAUGCUUGACUAAGAAUUCAACACUGGAGCCUGUGCCCGCCAUUUAUGUAAAUCCUUUUGGGGGGAGUCACUCGGAGAGUUGGUUCAUGCCGGUGAACCAGCCCGACUUCCCCGACUGGGAGAGAACUCGACUGGAUGCCGUCGUCACGGCGCAGUGUUACAACUGGACGCUGUCUCUGGGCAACACAUGGAAGUCCUUCUUUGAAACAGUGCACAUCUACCUGCGAAGCCGCAUUCUCACAGACGACCCAACGGUGAAUGAAACUCUCUUCUACGAACCCUUGGACCUGGAUGACCAGACGUCCAACAUGGGGUACAUGAAAAUCAACACGCUCAAAGUGUUUGGAUACAGCAUGCACUUUGACCCCGAGGGCAUCAAGGAUCUGAUCCUCCAGCUGGACUACCCUUACACGCAGGGAACGCAGGACGCCGCCUUUCUGAUGCUGCUGGAGAUGAGAGACCGGAUUAACCGUCUGUCUCCGCCAGCACCGCAGCCAUUGGACCUGUUUUCUUGUCUGCUGCGCCAUCGGCUCAAGCUGUCGGCCGGAGAGGUGGCGCGCAUCAAGGACUCUCUGCAGAUCUUCAACUCCAAGCUGCCCAAUGCUUCUCCCGAACCCGAGCUGGCCCAGCUGUGCAGCUAGCUAGCUCAACACUCAAGGCAGGUUCAGGAGUGAUCAUAGAGAUUGGAGUCAGACUGAGCAGGGGAGGUCUGACUAAGCUAGAAUCUUGGACCAAAAUCCUCUGAACACCCAACUGUAAAGGCCGACUGCUUGUGGUCACUCUCGGCUAGUUUUCUGGUGUCUCGUUUUUAUCAGAAAUAGCCCCCAGAUCCGUUUGAUGAACAGUCAUGUUGUGGACUUUCGGGAGAACAGCUGAUACCUGGACUCUCCUUCAGAGGCUCUGCUGUAGGAGCCUGGAGGCUUACUUUUGCUAUUACUGCCCCCAUUUUGGCAAACUGUAUGACUGGAUGGAUUUAAGAGACUCUCUUACACCGACAGGUUUUGUGAUGUGGAACCUUACAGAGCCGAUGUCAUUAAAUAUACCUAAGACAUCUGCCUUGCAGAGAUAAAGGCGAUUUUGAUAUGUAAAGAGGAACUCUUAAGGGGUCUUCGAAAACGAGCGAACAGAAAAGAAGAUUUCCCCUUUUCUAACCCUAUUUUCUUUGGCUACAGAACAAUCUCGUGGGAAGGGGGAAAUGGGAUAAUAUUAUAUACAGUAUGUGGUGAAUGAGUUGUUAUGUUAUGCUUAACAGUUUAAAAAUUUGAUAAUCCUGAACCCUGUUGCUGUCUUUGAAUAUUUCUUUUUAAUCCCUGCCUUCCAUUUUAUCUGGCAUUUGAAAAACGUGUAAGUAUCUAUGCUUAACAUCCGAGUGAGAAGCCUGUUAGUGAUGUUCUGUCCUUGGUGGUGUGUCUAUACCAAAAGACGGUGAGCACAUUGGCAAACUGAAUGACGAAAAUAUCUUCAGUGUUGAUUUUUUUCUUCUUUUUUUUCUUUUGGAAAAUCAUACGGAAAUCUUCUGAUGUGGUGACUAAAAAAAGGUUCCGAGGAUACAGCGCUGUAAAUAACGCUCCAUCUAACCCCAGGUGUGGACAAAGUACACAUUGCUUUUUAGAUAACCGAGUGCAAAGACCAAAAAAAUGUUUAUAACAAAAACAAACUCAUGCCUUAUAUGGAAAGUCAAUGUUAAGAUAAGAAGCACAUUUAGUUUCUGUGUUUGAUUUCCCAGCAGGAGGCUGUAUCGCUUUUUAUAUUUCAAUAUUUCUACCAAGACAGAACAAGACAGACACAUUCUCCAGAGUACGUGGUAAUGUAGCUUUUCCAUGUAAAUGCCAGUCACACUUUCUGCAGUUACUUGUUUUGAUUUGGUGUUGUGAAACUUUUGAGUCACUAUUCACAGUGCACACCAGUACUUGCAUACUGUAAUUGUUCUGCAAAAUCCUUUUAUCUCCAAUUAGAUGAGCUCUAAGCAACUGAUUGAACCUGAUAAUGGUUUUUUAAAAAGGGUUUAGUCUCAGGUCAAUAAAAAGAGUUUGGUUUUUUUUUUGUUUUUUUAACAUGUGGGUCCAAUGUCAGCUGCCAGUUACCACGGCGACUGGAGUUAUAAGGUUUCUGCAGGGCAGCGAUGGUCCUCCUUGAGAGCUGCAAACUUACCGGGAUGAUACUUGAUAUGAUUCUACAUUGACUUCACCAAUUUCUCACUGAAAGUCAGAAAAACCUUGUAUGUCAUUUUCAGCAGUUCUUCUGUGCUCAGCUUGCUUAAGUAAAAAACAAAGUGAUUUAUCUAUCUGGGAUCCUUUUUUUUCUUGUUUGAU